AUGGCGCAUUUCCUAAAUUGCUACAAAAAUAUCAAUUGCACUUCAUUGGACAAGGAAUUCUGCAAUUUUGAGUAUUGCUAUCUAAAGUCGGUGAAUCGGACAUACAAGUACAUGUCGCUAAAAGUGAAUUUGUAUAAAAUUCCCAUUAGACAAGUGAAAGUAAACUUUUCCCUGCUCAAGCGAUUCAAUGGCUAUAAGCCUUUCCUCUACAAUAUCACCGUGGAUGCCUGUAAAAUAUUAAAAUAUCCUAAAUCGAACCCAGUGUUUGGUUGGUUUCAUAGUCUUUUUAGCGCACACUCUAACAUGAAUCAUACCUGCCCCUUCGAUCAUGAUCUGGUGGUGGAUAAGCUGUCUGCCGACUAUAUUAACAAGCAAUUCACGGAAGUUCUCCCAUAUCCCCAUGGCCAAUACCUUUUCCACUCCAACUGGUUUGCUAAUAACGUAAAACGAGCUUCUGUCAACGUGUACGGUACACUUUCCUAA